UUACAGCCAUUGCCACUCUCAGAUUCUCUCUCUCAUUCCUUCCGACUUCGACCUCCGUCAGGCGACAACGCAAACACUGCUGCCGCCGCAUCUAAUUUGGCAGAUUAGGUUUCGUUGAUUAUUUGGAAAUUUCCGGGUCGGGCUCCGAAUUCUCGCGCGGCUGUAAGAGAGAGGCGGCGAUAGAGAAUCGUAUCCGGCGAAGCGGAGCAGGAGAGAUAGCGUCUCCGACGAGUUUGGUGAGUCCAGAACUCGGGGAGGGGUAAAAGGGAUGAUAGAGAAGCUAGGUGACUAAGGUGAAUCGAAUCGGAGACGAUUUCCGACCUCGAUUCUUUCAUUCUUUUUUUUCUUUUUGAUUUGGGGUCUUUGCUUUACAAGAUUGUGGACUUGUAGUAUAUACACUGAGCUAUGAAACAAAAAUAUAAUUAAAAAUCCAGGAGAAAAAUCCCUAUCUUCCAUUGACGUCCCAACUCCCGCCUCUGCAUUUGUGGAGUACCCUGAACCUAAAAUCAGAGGAUGGACCCAAAUUUAGGGCAGAACAGACUUGAAGAUGUCAGCUGGCUCUGUUCCCUCUCUGAGUCUGAGCUUGAUUUGCUGAUCAGCUUAAAGAAGCUUGUUCUCCAAAGGGCAGGAGUGAUUGGGCACGAAGAACUAGCAGUCAAGUUUGAUCUCAAGGUGCUUAGAGCUCUUGCGUUUGUUCUGAUGACGUGUAUCAAAGAUGAGGUUAAGGAUUUGUCACUUGUUCCAGGCUUUGAAGACUCUGCUGCAUUUAUGGAAAGUUGCAAUCUAUUGAAAUGCGACCUUGGUGACGUUAUGAGUCUUGAAGAGAUAAAGGCAUGCAUCGGUAUUCAUUUGAGAAAGGCAGCAAGUAAAAGAUUCUGUAACAGUAUAGCACUGAAUGAAACCACGCUAAGUCAGAAGAAACAAAAAUUUGGAACCAGCGGAGUAUGAAAGCAGGCUUUGCAGUAGGGAGGUAGAGAGGAAUUGGAACAUGUUUGAGAGCAUUGAGUUUCAAGUAUAUAGGUUACAAAUAUGCUGUUGUACACCAUCCUGGUCAUUCACAUUUCAUUGUGUUUUGUUUGUGAAGACCAAACUAUAAAUUCCUUGCAAUUUUGAUGUGUAAUUUUGGAAAUAUAUAUUAAUGACAAGAUCACAUUACAAAUUCUUUUC